AUGGGAUUGCGGGUAAGACGAGGCUUAUACGUCACCAUCAUACUCAUAUCCUAUGGAAUAGCUGAUGUUGACUUGAGUUUGCCAGUAGAUUUAGCAGUCGAAGAGAAAGCGCCACAACAAACUACCCUCCCUGCGACAUCUACGUCACCUCUCCCUACCACCAUUAAUGUGUCAACAUCUACAUACGCCACAAUCAUUCCUCCUAUCCCACCCAGUGAUCGAGAUAGAUUCCUCACCUUCGCAGAAUCAGGUCACCACCAGACUUUUAUGUUUGCCAAGGACAAUACCUAUAUACAGCUCGACGGAGAUAUUAUCCAACGAUUUCAGUUAAGAUUGUGUAGAGAAAUAUCGUUUAAAUUUAGAACAAGACUUCCCCACGGACUUUUAGUUUAUCACAAUGUUAAAAAUCCUGUAUUCAAAAUGCAGCCAUACGCAUUAUAUGUUAUUGUUGAAAAAGGCGAACUUAAAGUUGUACAUGUAUUUGGUAAGCACUUAACCUCAGUGACAGUUGGCAGAGCUUUGAACAGAGAUCAGUGGCAUAGCGUGGUUGUUACCAUAGAUGUGCAUGGAGCAAGACUUAUAGCCAAAGUAGACAAUUUGAAAGAAGAGGUUUAUCUAAAGGGACUAAGUUUCGAUACUAAUUAUGGAAUAACAGAUAAUUUAACUUCAGUUAUACUUAUUGGAGGUUUAAGUUCUGAAGAAAAAUUACAUGGAGUUAAAUAUAUUAUUGAAUCUUUCGUUGGUUGCAUCAGCGAUAUGGUUCUUAGUUCCGGUAAGGCUGCCUCCGAUCUUCUACCUAUAGUACCGUUGAUCGCAACAAAACACGAAAACGUUAAAGAAGGUUGCAUAGAUAAAUGUAAGACCAUGGAAAACCUUUGCUUCGAAGGUUCUAGAUGUAUCAAUGAAUACAAUGGAUAUAGAUGCGACUGUUUUGGUACUUUAUACGAGGAACACCUAUGUGAUGUGUAUACGGCGACAAUAUUAACACUGCGAGGGUCGAGCUACGUAUCCUACCGAGUCUAUGAUUGGAAGGAUCGAGUACAUUCUACAAACACAAGAGUCAGCUUGCAUUUUAAGACACGUUUCGACGAUUCCGCUCUUUUUUAUGCAAGCGGUCAAAUAGAUGACAAACACCAUUAUAUAGCGCUGUCGAUACACCAGGAAAAAGUCGGGAUACAAAUAGAUUUAGGCGACGGUCCGGUAGAGGAUUAUUUAGGAGUGAGAGUAAAUAAUAAUAUGUGGCACAAUAUAACUGUUAUAUUGCAAGAAAAAACAGUUCACGUAUACCUCGACAAUAUAAGCGCAAUAUACGAAGUACCGGGCGACGCUAGAUUUGUUUGCAUCGACCCAGAAAUAUACAUUUGUGGCGGUCCAGAUUUACACAAAAUGAAAGGUCUGAAAUCGUUCAACAAUUUCGCUGGUAAUCUCAAGUACGUUUAUUACAAUGAUGUAUCGAUUUUGUAUGAGUUGAAGCAGAAUAACCCAAAGGUUCAUUAUAUUGGUGUAUUGGAUCCCGAAUUCGAAGAUAUUGAUAUAGAGUUAAUACCUAUAACAUAUCCUUUCGCCACAUCGCACAUAUGGUGGCCUUUGAAUCAGAGUAAUAGUAUAAAUCUGGUUUUCGAUUUUAAAACUAGCAAGAAUAUGGCUGUACUAGCUUACAGUCAGAUAACUUCGGGACAAGGUUAUUUCGAGGUGAGAAUGGUCAAAGAAGAAAUUCGGUUCGAACUAGUGCCGGAUGUUGGUAAAAAUGUAACAGUACUGAAAUCUGUUAAAUUUAACGUAAGCAACGACUGGCAUAAUGUGGAAUUGGAUUAUAGAAAAGGCAGAAUUAAAUUGACUGUGGACUAUCACAACAAACACGCUCAGAUGUUCGGUUUAGAUUUUCAAUUACAAGAUAAGAUUGUAAUAGGUAGUGGACUGAAAUCAGCGAAUUUAGGUCUUAUAGGAUGUAUGAGGAACAUCAAAAUCAACGGUCUACAAAUUGAACCACGAUACGUUAUAAAUACGGAGCGCGUGGUGGGUGAAGUGGCUAUAGAUGACUGCCGCUACGUGGACCCUUGUACCAGACCGAACACUUGUGAGCAUGGCGGUAUAUGCUCUAUACGAGAGGAUAGGGUCAUAUGCAAUUGUGAUAACACUGGCUACAUUGGUGAGAACUGCCAUUUCGCUACCUUCAGGAAGACAUGUGAAGAGUUAGCCCUUCUGGGUUAUACACGUAAUGACGUGUACUUGAUAGAUAUAGAUGGUAAUGGAAAAUUUCCACCAGCUCACGUGAAGUGCGAAUUCCAGAUUGAAGCGGAUUCAUCCACUACUGUGGUUGAACAUAAUUUACCAAGCCAAGUGGAUGUAAGAUCUGCUCUGGGGCAAGACUUCAGCUUUCAUAUAAAAUACAGAGAGUUCACAGCAGAAAUGCUGCAAGAAUUAAUUUCACACUCGUUGUUCUGCCGUCAAUAUAUUAAAUACGAUUGUAACAUGGCACCUCUGGAACUACAUAGUGCUACAUGGUUUAUAUCAUCCUCGAAUGAUACCGUCGAUUACAUUGGAAACGUUAAAAAGGGUUAUUGUCCUUGUGGAGUUAACGCAACUUGUGUUAAUCCAACAAAAUCUUGCAAUUGUGACGCGAACGAAAACAAAUGGCACUCUGAUGAAGGAACACUCGUUGAUCCCAAAAGCUUAGGCAUUACGGAGAUGUUCUUUCUACAACAAAAGGAUUUGACUGAAGAAGCGCAAGGCAGGAUUACGUUAGGUCCCUUAGAAUGCGUUGAAACAAAUACUCAGCGUUAUGUUGUAACGUUUACAACAUCGCAAUCCUACAUAGAGGUACCCGGAUGGCGAAAGGGGGAUAUAGCUUUUAGUUUUAGGACGACGGGUACAAGUGCGAUUCUGUUAUUCCAGCCGCCUAUAAGACCGAAUUAUCCAUCGUUCAUGGUCGCUUUAACAAGUGAACACGAACUAACUUUCAACUUCACCCUCAAUACUGGAACAACACGGAAGUUGGUCAUCAACUCAAAGAGAAAACUCAAUGGAGGGGAAUGGCAUAAAAUCUGGAUCGACUACAACUUCUACCACGUGAGGUUCAUGCUCAACACUGAGUACCAGAUGCUUAAUCUCUUAUUGGAGGAGGAGUUUGGACCGUUUGAAGGGUCUAUGUUCAUUGGAGGGGCAACUGCAGAACAUUUAAAGAAAUCAGCUGUAAACCAAGGUCUCAUUGGAUGCUUUCGGGGCUUGGUUGUGAAUGGUGAAAUACUUGAUAUAUAUAGUUAUAUGUCUGUACAUUUGUCUGAAAUCAUUAAAGACUGCAAGCCAUCCUGCGUCCCUAAUCCUUGUCAGAACAGAGCCACUUGUAAAGAACUUUGGUCGACUUACGAAUGUAUCUGCAAGAACCCGUGGGCUCACUUGGGUGAACAUUGUGAAGAAAAUAUUAAUGAAAAAGCAUUGACUUUCCAAACUAAGGAGUCGUAUUUGAAAAAAAACUAUCUGGUCGAUAACACGACAGACGCAGAAAAAGCAAGAUUAAAAAAGAUGAUGAUAGAAAACGUCCUAAUGAAUCUGAGAACUUACGACGACAAUGCCCUAGUACUGUACGCUAAUGACAAUCUCAAUAAUUUCAUACAUCUCUUCAUACACAAUGGAACGGAAAUAAUAUAUCUGUUUAAUAAUGAAGAUGAAAUCGUUAAAAUGAAUGUUACUUACGAGAAAAUUAACAAAGGGGAAAGUGUUCAGAUCGCAAUCAUAAGGACGGAGAACUCGACCACUUUGCAUGUUAACGAUAAGAAUACAACUAUAAAUAAAGUUGCUAAACUUCUGUCUAAUUACACGAACAAACCGUGGAAGAAUCCAGAAUUGGAGGUAAUUCGACCUCAACGACCUCCAGCGCCACCCACAGACUAUUUCCAAAUGAACCUGGGUGGAUAUGACCAAUACUCGCUCCAUCUAGCGUCACAAGCAGAAAACUUCCCACAAGGGGGCUACGUUGGCUGCGUAAGGGGAUUUAAGAUAGCCGAUCAUGUAGUAGAUCUAUCUAAAAAGGCGCAGCAAAAUAUUGAUCAAGAUUUAACAGGUGUACUCCCUGAAUGUAAUAUGAAAUGUGACUCCGAGCCAUGUAAAAAUGGCGGUAUUUGUACCGAAGACUUCACAAACCAAGAGAGCAGCUGUGAUUGUGAACUAACAAGUUAUUUUGGAGAAUACUGUAUGGAAGAAAAAGGAGCAGAUUUUAAUGGCGAGAGCAUUUUACAAAGGAAAUUUGUUCUAUCUGGUCCUAUUUUUGAGGUUAAAAUAAAGUUGGCAUUCUCCAGUAACGACCUUCGACAAAAGAACACAGUUUUAUUGCUUGUGCAAACAGAAAACAAGCGCAGCUAUUAUCUUCUGGUAGCCAUAACGCAAGACGGUUACUUAAAAUUCGAAGAAGAUCGCGAAGAUUCUGCGUAUGGAGUAGAAUUUAAGAACAGAAACUUUUUAAAUGGCGCCCGGCACACAGUAUAUUAUACAAGGUCAGGUGACGAAGCGAAACUCUUAAUAGACAGAAUCGAAGUGCCUUUGGAGAAGUUACCUCCACAAGAUCUUUGGAAGGUGUUUGACGUUGGAUUUAAUGAGGUGCAAAUAGGAGGACUCAAUACAACUGAUCCACGUCUUAAAAUAUACAAGGGUUACAAUGGAUGUCUUUCUAAUAUUUUUGUGGAAAUAAACGAGCACGUUAUGAAACCUCUUGAAGAGUAUAUGCUUUUCACGCGUUCCGACUCGGAAAAGGUGAACGCAGUUAACGCUCAGGGUGUGAGGAGCGCGCAAUGCUCCGCGGACUUUGAUGAAGCGUGGCCUGAACACGAUCAGCUCGGCGCUACACAUAACGGCAGCUUUCUCAUCAGUGUAGACAAGACUUGGGUAGAGGAUCCACCAUCCCGCCUGCCCUACGAUUCUCUCCACCAACAACCCGACACUGAGGAAGAAAAUACAGACAAGUUCUUUAUAGCGCUAAUAGUAAUAUUCUUAUUGGGACUCUGUUACACAGCGUCGCACAUGUGGCGUACACACAAAGCCUAUAAAUUACGUCAGGAAAAAGAAACUGAUGAAAAUAUAAUGCGUAGUAAAGAAAAAGCUACAAAACUUCAGGAUCCUCAGGCAUCAUUUUUACCGCUAAAAGAAAUAGAAAAUGGCGACAAAAAAGCAAAUGGAGUAGUGAUAGACUUAGUUCCUACAAUCAUUGUGGAAGUGAAUGAAGAAAAACCUCCAAGCAGGAGAGGUUCACUUCGUUUCCGAGAUAUGGUAGACAAAGAUAUAGCUUGGCAACCUCUUGAAGAAAAGGAUGAAAUUUUAGAAAACGAAGAAGAAGAAGACGAAGCAGAAAAACAAGAACAAAAUACUUCAGAAGAAAGUGAAGAAAAUAAUACAGAUAACGACGAUGACAUUUCGGAUCAAUUUAAAAAUGAACCAAUCGACGCCGUCAACGUAGUGAGGAAAUUGUCAACACUGUCAAAUAAAAUAAGCGAAGAAAAUUCUAUAGAGUUAACUUCAAGUGCAUAA